AUGACAGCUGGCUCUCUCCCUUCCAGCUGGCUAGGCAUGCUGGCCUCCCGACGCAGGUGCUUCUACUUCCUCGCCGUCUGCAUCGUCGUUGCUCUAUUCUAUGAGUUCCACUCAAUCUUCAUUCCCUCUAUAUCACAAGUACAUCCCACCGAUACGCCAUUGUUAGCCAGUUCCCUUUCUGCGCGCACUCUCCUCUCACGUCCCACCUCCAACGACCUCACCACCCUCCCCAAAAUAAUUCACCAGACAUGGUUCCCGGUGGGGAGCAACAUGUCCGAGCGUGCCCAAACAUGGGUGAAGACGAUGCGUGCGCAGAAUCCUGAUUGGGAGUACGUACUAUGGGACGAUGAGACGAACCGCAUGCUUGUCGAGCAGCAUUUCCCUUGGUUCCUGGAAACGUACCUCAAACUUCCACAAGAGAUUCUUCGCGCCGAUGUUGCGCGGAAUUUCUAUAUGUAUCUUUUUGGAGGGAUGUAUGCUGAUGUAGACACUGAAGCCUUGCGUCCCGUCGCACCCUUAUUCGCAGCUCACGACAUCUCUCUUGCCUCUCAUCAAUCCAGCCUCUCUUCACCACAGUUGGUCCCUCAAGCCCAGCGCGCCUUCCUCGGCCGCAUGGGCCACAACUAUGACCUUACAAGCAACGCUGCCGUCCCCAACGGCUGGAUGGCGUCUCCACCGGGUCACCCCUUCUGGCUUCUUCCUGUGCUGCAUGUACUCGAGCGAGCCGGUGGCGGAGGCGACGGCUCUGUGGAAGACCUUACGGGUCCCGGGGCCUUGGGGAGAAUGAUCAAGAAGUAUUUCGAAGACUCACAGCACGGGUCGGUACGACGCGAAUAUUGUGCUGGUGUGCAGCAGAUACAGCCAAGUUGGAUGCUGUUUUGUAACACCGACAUCAAGGAUUCGUUGAUCCUGUUGCCUGAGAAGCAGAUCUAUCCAUUUAGUUGGGUAGAUGAUGACGUGAAGGCUUGUUUAGCGGCCUUUGCGAACCCGGAGUUUGAUCCAGAGGUUUUGCGGAUUUGCGUUUGUGGUGAUGAGGGUACGGGGAAAUCCAGCCUCAUCACCUCGCUUGUAAAGGGCGUUUUCGUGACAAACAAGAUCCAACCGAUACUACCUCAAAUUACCAUCCCUCCUACGAUCGGUACCCCCGAGAAUGUCACCACAACAACGGUAGUGGAUACGUCUGCGCUCCCGCAGGAACGAAGCAAUCUAGCGAGGGAGAUUCGAAAGGCAAAUGUGAUAUUACUAGUAUACUCAGAUCACUACAGCUACGAGAGAGUUGCUCUAUUCUGGCUUCCGCAUUUCCGGUCCCUAGGCGUCAAUGUCCCGGUGGUGCUGUGCGCCAACAAGUCCGACCUUGCGGCGGGCCACAGUGAGGCCCAAGUCAUUGAGGAGGAGAUGCUACCUGUGAUGUCAGAAUUCAAAGAGAUAGACUCUUGUAUCCGCACAAGCGCCCGUGAACACCGGAAUGUGAAUGAAGCAUUCUUUCUCUGCCAAAAAGCGGUCACACACCCUAUUGCGCCGCUGUUUGACUCGAAGGAGUCUUCCCUGAAGCCAGCAGCGAUCUCUGCGUUGCAACGUAUUUUCUACUUGAGUGACAAGGACCGAGAUGGCUUUCUUUCCGAUAAAGAGAUUGGGGAUUUUCAGAUGAGAUGUUUUGAGAAGCCUUUGAGUGAGGAGGAUCUGGUACACAUCAAGGAGACCAUUCAGAAGACCCACCCCAACUCAGUGACUCCUUCCGGUAUUGAUUGCCGUGGCUUUCUCCAUCUUAACAAAAUGUAUGCCGAGAAAGGACGUCAUGAGACUGUGUGGAUCAUCCUCCGAGCGUUUCAAUACACGGAUAAUCUCUCGUUACAGGAGAGCUUCCUUCAUCCACGAUUCGAAGUUCCUCCGUACGCAUCUGCGGAGUUAUCGCCAGAGGGGUACCGGUUCUUCGUAAACCUCUUUCUCCUCUCGGACAAAGACAAUGAUGGAGGGCUAAACGAUGCUGAGUUGUCAUCGCUAUUUGCCCCGACCCCCGGCUUGCCUGCCUCGUGGGUCGACGGCUCAUUCCCAUCUUCGACUGUUCGGAAUGAAGCAGGUCAUGUUACUUUGCAGGGCUGGCUUGCUCAAUGGAGUAUGACCACCUUCACAUCACCCAAGACUACUCUGGAGUACCUAGCCUAUCUAGGAUUUGAAUCAUCCGAUAGAGGUAAUCCUUCCACCACGGCCGCCCUCAAAGUUACUCGCCCGCGAAAACGGCGAAGACGCCCUGGGCGCGUGGGCCGUAAUGUUGUCCUGGGUCACAUUCUUGGGGCAUCAGGCUCGGGGAAAUCAGCACUUCUUGAUGCAUUUCUCUCCCGUGGUUUCAGCCCUACGUACCGUCCCACCAUCCAACCACGGACAGCAGUUAAUACAGUUGAACUUCCCGGCGGGAAACAAUGCUAUCUGAUUCUAGAUGAACUCGGGGAACUAGAGCCCGCCAUCCUGGAGAAUCAAUCCAAACUGCUUGAUCAGUGCGAUGUGAUUGUGUACACCUACGAUUCGUCCGAUCCUGAUUCUUUUGCGUACAUCCCCGCUCUGCGAUCCAAAUAUCCACACCUUGAGGAACUUCCAAGUGUCUUCAUUGCUCUGAAGGCGGAUUUAGAUCGGACAACCCAAAGAGCAGAGUAUCAACCUCAUGAAUACACUGCAAUGCUGAAAAUGACAGGCCCGCCACUUCACGUCAGUGCCACAUGGAGCUCAAUCCAGGAGGUAUUCGUGCACAUUGCGGAAGCAGCGAUGGAGCCUAGCUCGGCAUUCCCGCGGAGCGAGGAGGAUGUCGAAGGGAAAUGGAUGGCAUGGGGAAUUGCGUUGGGCGCUGUGGUGUGUGCUGGAGCGGCGGCGGUAAUGAUCUGGCGCAGAGUUAGUGGUAGUGGUGGUGAGUAG